GGAGCGCGACGGUGGGCGGGGCGAGUGGAACGUUGUGUAUAUCGGGCCGAAUGUCUCAGCGUUCCGAAAGGCCCGGCCGGGCGGCACGUGGGGCGGCGGCGGCAGCAGCAGCGGCGGCGGCGAGCGGGUGGUGGGGCUGCGCCGGGCAGGGGGGCACACUCGGGGGCGGCGCCGGGGCGAGCGACAGCCGCAAGAGGGCCAGCAGCAGCACCGGACCACGGCGCGUGUGACUGCUAGGGACCUUCACCAUGGCUCUGCGUUUCCAUAAGCUGCUGCCCUUCGCCAUCCCGGGAGUCCUGGCCCUCAUCGGGUGGUGGUGGUUUUCUUCGCGGAAAAAGGAGCGGGCAAGCAAUCGCGGCAGGCAGGACUUGGCCGGCUUGGAAGAAGACCGGAUCGGCAGUCCCAAGAGACAACCCGGCUCGAAAGAUGACGCCAGCGACAAACGGCCGCUGCCUUUGGCGGUUGCACAGACUGCUGAAGGCGCCUUCGCCUUGGAGUCUUCGGGGCGGCGGGCACCCUCUCCGGAGUCCAGCGCCCAGAGCUUGGACCCCUCGAAGCCGCACCCUGUUGUGCCAGAGCCCGCCGUCGGAUCGGACACUCUUCAGGACAACAGUCAAAAACUGGAGACAGCUAUUUCUCAAGGUGGAUUUGGAUCUCCCGCACAGAUGUCUUCUCUUCAGGAGACACGACGAGCUGGUGACUCCCUCCAUACGGAGGGUGCAGCCGAGGAGAAGCUGGAACCCACGCAAGGUGCAGAGCAGAUGCCAGAGGUGGGUUGGGCAUCUCCACCGGAGACGUCUCGUUUGGAAGAGCCAGAGGACAGCCCCGAUGUGGCUGUCCAGAAAGAUGCAUCAGAGAAGCCCUGGAGAGAAGGGCUCUCGCUCGCAUCGACCUCGGUAGGUGCUGGUUCUUCACCUGUCCCUUGCUCCGAAGCAGCGAGCCAAACUCUGCCCAAGGCCUUGGCUGGUGUUGAUGACCCCAAAAUGGAAGAGAUCAAUGGCGGUGCUGGUGGUGGACUGGAGAGGGAGGUUGCGGUGUUGACGCAGCGGCUGCUGGAACCUGCUAGUUCGGCGUUGCCCCCGAAAGAAGAGAUGUCUAGUUCGGACACGGAUAGGACGUUGGCAAGCAGUGGAGUCCGAGAAGGUGGAUACAAGACAUGUUUGGAGAAAGAGAGGCCCGGAGGAGUUGGCUUGGAGAGAGAAGUCGAGACGAUUGAGCAGGUUGCCAUACACAUCAUUUCCAGGGUCAUCCUCGCAGCCACAGAAGAAGUGCUUUCCGGAUCGGUGGGCGAUAUGUCGGACAGAAUCUGUCAAGUAACCGUUGGCCGCAUUGAUGCACCACUGGAGAAGGUGCCUGUCGGCCAAGUAGAAUCCAGUAAGGGAGCUGAGAUCCCACCUGAAAAGGCCUCCACAGUCAGCCCUGCUCCUCUAUUGGAAGAGCACGUCAACCAUCACGUGACCUUUUCCAGCCACUUGACACACGGUCUCCUGACUAACCCUGGUCGGCGGCUGAUGGACUGCGUAGGUCUUGUGCCGUCGGGCGGCGACCUGACCGUGGUGGCGAACCUCGAGGAGGCCUUCGAAGAUGCACACACGGUGACAGAGGACUCCGGGUGCAGUGCGUGCACCUCGGAAGACGGGACGAGUGCGGAAGAGCUCUUGAAAAACUCUUCCGCUUGCGAGCAGGAUUUUUUGACCAGGACCUCAGUCCAAGACUUGGCACACCAUUCGGCACCGAGCCGAAAACCCCACUCUCCAGCGCUGCCCGAAAACCAAGUGCCAUACAGCAACGGGGUGCUGAAGGAAGACUGCCAGGAUCGGAGGCACGACCAGCCGUGGCCGGCGGAAGCCGAUACGGAUCACUCGGGAGGUUCAGAUGUAAAUAGCAUGGAUUCCGUGGACAGUGGCUGUGCUCUCCGGAAGAAAGAUAGCUGCCCCAGCUCGAAAACGGGCGUGGAAUCCAAUAAGAUGGAGCUUGUCAUCUGGGAGAUCGAAGUUCCAAAACAUUUGGUUGGCCGGCUGAUAGGCAAGCAAGGGCGGUACGUGAGUUUCCUCAAACAAGCGUCCGGUGCCAAAAUCUACAUUUCCACGCUACCUUACACCCAGGACUUCCAGAUCUGCCAUAUAGAAGGCUCUCAGCAGAACGUCGACAAAGCACUGAGUCUGAUCGGCAAGAAGUUCAAAGACUUGAGCCUCACCAACAUCUACGCACCACCUCCUCCAUCGCUGCCUCUCCACUCCCUCCCCAUGACGUCCUGGCUCAUGCUUCCCGACGGCGUCACGGUGGAGGUGAUCGUGGUGAACCAGAUCAACGCCGGACACCUCUUCGUCCAGCAGCACACACACCCCACGUUCCACGUCCUUCGCAGUUUAGACCAGCAGAUGUAUCUCUGCUACUCGCAGCCGGGGAUUCCGACGAUGCCGACGCCGGUGGAAGUCGGCGUGGUGUGCGCCGCGCCGGGCGUGGAAGGCGCGUGGUGGCGGGCGCAAGUGGUGGGCUAUUUCAAGGACGCCGGCGAAGUGGAGAUCCGAUACGUAGACUACGGCGGGUACGAGCGAGUCAAGAUCGAAACGCUCCGGCAGAUCAGGUCUGACUUCGUCACGCUGCCUUUCCAAGGAGCAGAAGUCUUGCUGGACAAUGUCGUCCCACUCCCAGACGAAGACCAGUUUUCAUCGGAAGCAGACACGGCAGUUAGCGACAUGACCAGAGGCUCGCCCUUGCUUGCCCAGGUCACAAAUUACGACAGUCCGACUGGCUUACCCUUAAUUCAGCUGUGGAGCAUGAUAGGAGACGAGUUGGUGUCUAUAAACCGGACGUUGGUGGAAAAAGGGUUUGCGCAAUGGGUCGAAAGCUACUAGGAACAUUGUUUGGUCUUUCCUUCUCAGUCUUCUCCAUCCCCCCCCCCCCCAUCUCUUUCUUUUCCUUCUUCUAUUUUGGCACUUCUUCAGAAUUAGGUCUGGCAAUCUCUUUCCCCUCUUUCCCUUAAAAAAAAAAAAAAGAAAGUCACUUAUGCCUGCAAUACGUUCAUCUGACGGUUACGUUUCCGUGUUGCAUACCUCAUUAUUUGCAGGGAGUUGAACCAUAAGCCAUAACCACACGAUAGCUUUAAAACGCAGCUCUUGUUUUCUCUCUCGCUGACCUAAGCCCGAAAGCAAAAUUAAACCUAAAUCUUAUAAGGAAUGAAAUUCUGUCCUGGGAAGGAAGUUUGCAAAAACAAACUACCUGGGAAGAGUGAAAUGGUUCCCCACGUUGGCUGCUGCCUUAAUGUCUUCCUGACUACUCAGAAGUAAAAACUGCUUUUGGUGAGCCAGAAAAAACCACAGUGGAGAGAUUUAACGUUGGGAGCGUGGGACAGACCAUUUGGCCUUCUGGGCUCUCAAAGUCUGGCUGUAGUCAGCUUGAGGGCAUUGCAUUUCUUGUCUUGGAUUCCCUGUUUUAAAUUAAGGCUCAGUUUGCACAAGAAGCAGAAAGUAAACUGCAUCGUCGCAGACCACCUCAAAUUGCGUGAUUGGACGAACCGCGACUGGCUGCAGCCGCUUUUAAACUUCUCGAUCAUGUUGAACACAAAGGAAGAUUGCCAAGCCUGAUUGUAAUACUGUUUUUUCUAGUUGUGCAAAAACUUCUGUAAAUAUAUAUAAAAUCAUUGUAAUAUUUUGUACAAGAGGGAAAAAAGAAAAACACUGGAGAAAACGAUAAAGGGAACUUCAGAGAGAAUCAGUUUUGUUUGGUUUUCCCCUACACCAAAAUAUCCUCUGUAGGUAGAAAUGGUUUGGGGUGUGUCGGUACAGCUUAAGCCUAGAAGGUGGGAGUGCUUUUCACGCACUUGUGUACAGAAUGUCUCCCCUUCCGCCCGCCCGCCCGCCCGAGCUUGCUGUAUGGUAUGGAUGAUAAUCAACGGACUCUUUGCUACUUUUUGCUGUACAGACCUGACUUUAAAAAAGAAGAAAAAGUUAACAUUUGGAAUUAGUACUGCUGUGGUGUGUCAACAUUUUUGCUCCUUUUUAGAUUGGUUUCAAAUGUGGAAUUGGGAAAAAAAAAUUGAGUAAUUUAAGCUAAUUUAAUACUAUUAAAAUACAAAUGAAUUUAAACAUGA